AUUUCCAUAUGUCUAAUUCAUACGUGGCAUCAAUUUGGAAACAGAACACACUGUCAAUCUACCAUUGUAUUAUAAAACCAUCAACUAGCAGAUACACAGUGUAGCACUAGGAUGAAGCCACUCUUGAUACUUAGCGCAAUCUUUGGAUAUGCAUGUUCACGUGUAGUGAAUAAUUCUGAAACUACGCAAGACCAUGUUUUUACAACACUAGAAAAUAGUACAACAUUAGAGAGUACAACAUUAGAGAGCACAACACCAAAGAAUUCAACACCAGAAAAUGUACGAACAGAGAUUACAACAUCAGAGAAUUCAACAACAGAAAAUGUAAUAACAGAGAGUACAACAUCAGAGAAUUCAACAACAGAAAAUGUAAUAACAGAGAGUACAACACUUGAGACUACAAUAGCACCAACCAUCAACAGAAAGCAUCAUGAGUUUCGCCGUAAACACUGGCUGCCAUACUUUAAAGAUAAUACUCCAAGCAAUACCUCUGUUGAUUUGGGUGGACGAGCAAAAUUAACAUGUCAUGUGGGGAUUCUAGGAACCAGAACUGUGAUUUGGAAACGAAGUUCUGACAAUGUUCUUCUUACUGUUGGCUUGUUCACAUUUGUCUACGAUGAAAGGAUAAGAGCUGAGCAUAACCCAGGGUCAAAUGAAUCGAGUCUAAUUAUUGAAAAUGCAAAAUUAUCAGAUGAUGGAAUCUAUGAGUGUCGAGUCAGUUCAAAAACACCAGUAGUAUGGAAAGUCAGAUUAACUGUACAAGAAAAUGCAACACCAGAAAAUGUAACAACAGAGAGUACAACAUCAGAAUCAAGAAGAAAAGAAAAUGUAAUAACAGAGAGUACAACACCAGAAACUGCAACAGCACCAACCAUCAACAACA